CAAACAGGUGUCAAGCACAUAGGUGUUGACCUUUUAUCAGUCCGGUGUUACAUCAGCACAUCCCUGACUGCUGACACUGUCAACACGGAUGAAGCCAGUCACAGCCAAGGCAAAGCAGGACCUAAAUGAACACGGGGACCGUCACAGUCAUUGUCGUCUUCGCCGUCGCUUAUAAAACUGUCUUCGGAGAAAUCAGGACUACUCCAUAUUCAAACUCUGCCACCUCUUCCGGUCCACUUGUAAGCCAUGCUGCUACCUUCACAUCUACUCCUCUUCACCGGCCUCCUAACAUGGUGUCACACAGCAUCAUGUGCUAAAGUUAUUGUGGUCCCACCCAUUAUGUUUGAAUCACACCUCUACAUCUUCAAGACUUUGGCCACGGCUCUACUCCAGGAGGGCCAUGAGAGCCAUUUUCUGGUAUCAGAAGGUCGUGAAGUGCCCCACUCUCCUCACUAUCACUUUCAGCGCUACCCAGGGAUUUUUAACAGCAGCACAGCUGACAGUUUCCUCCAGUCCAAAGUCACUAACAUCUUCUCGGGCCGUCCCACCUUUCUAGAACUCUUUGACAUUCUUGACCACUACUCUCAAAACUGUGAUGCUGUCGUGGGCAACGUUGAGGUAAUGACACGCCUCAAAGAGGCCAAGUUCGACUUGCUGCUGGUGGACCCUAAUGAGAUGUGUGGGUUUGUGAUAGCCCAUAUUCUGGGUGUGCAGUAUGCCGUGUUCAGCACAGGCCUUUGGUACCCUGCAGAGGUCGGUGCACCAGCCCCACUAUCUUAUGUUCCAGAAUUCAACUCAUUGCUGACAGACCGCAUGUCACUGUGGCAGAGGAUCACAAACACUGCUGUUUACCUGGUCCAGCGUUUUGGCGUCCAUUAUAUUGCACUUCCCAAAUAUGACCGGAUUAUGAAGAAACAUGGAGUUAAGCCUCAGGUAGCUAUGGCUGACUUGGUACAAGGCAGCCGGCUAUGGAUGCUCUGCACUGACUUGGCCCUGGAGUUUCCCAGACCCACCCUGCCUCAUGUGGUGUACAUUGGAGGUAUCCUCACCAAACCCCCCAACCCACUUCCAGAGGAUUUCGAAACCUGGGUGAAUGACACAGGGAAGCACGGCUUCGUGGUUGUGUCAUUUGGGGCUGGGGUCAAGUACCUGUCUCAUGACAUUGCUCACAAACUGGCAGGGGCCCUCGCCAGGCUGCCCCAAAGAGUCGUCUGGAGAUUCUCUGGAAUUCCUCCCAGUAAUCUUGGCAACAACACCAAGCUCGUUGAUUGGAUGCCACAGAAUGAUUUAUUAGGACAUCCCAACACACGUGCCUUCCUGAGUCACGGUGGUCUGAACAGCAUCUAUGAGGCCAUGUACCAUGGCGUUCCGGUGGUAGGUGUCCCCCUCUUUGGUGACCAUUACGACACCAUGACACGUGUGGCUGCCAAAGGUAUGGGUGUCAUGCUCCACUGGAGGUACAUGACAGAGGAAGACCUGUACACAGCCCUGACCAGUGUCAUCAAAGACAGCAAGUACCGCCAACAAGCACAACUGCUGUCAAACAUUCACAAAGACCAGCCUGGCCAUCCUGUGAGCAGAGCUGUCUACUGGAUCAGCUACAUCCUCCGUCACAAUGGUGCCAGCCACCUGCGCUCCACUGUCUACGAGGUGUCCACCUACCAGUACUUCCUGCUGGACGUGAUCGUCACUGUGGGGGCUGCCGUGGCUCUGGCUGUCUUUGCUCUGCGACACUUGGUACGGUCGUUGCGAGGGAAAUCAAAGCACCAGAGCAAAGAAGCUGCUGCCGCCAGGGAUGACGGUGUCACGGCGAACGGACAUUGCCACAGUGAGACCAUGGCCAAUGGGAAGCACAAAGGCAAUGGCUCCUUGAAAACCGAUAAGAAGAUAAAUUAAUAUUUUAAAUGCUCUGGAUAGAUGAGGAAGUUGCCCUCAGGACUCUGCUCUUGGUUUGGUUCAGCGAUAUUGCACAAGCUUAAAAAAAUUAAAGCUUUCAAAAGUCUGCGUCACGAGGCAACUGCUACUCAGAGCGAGCGACAGGAAGAAUACACAAAUACACACUGUGGGGACAGAAGAAGGAAUUUGGUGCUCUGAAUCUGUGUGCGUAUGGAUGUGUGUGUAGGUGUAUUUGUGCACUGAGGCAAAUUUACUGAGAACUUAACAACCGCAGCUAGCACAACACAAAACCAAAUUGGUGUCACUGGGGAAGACUCGCAGGAAAGACACACGGGAGGACACGGGCAUCUUCUCUGCUGCAUGUUCCUCGCGGUCUUCCUGUCUUCCUCAGCGAUGGAAGGAUGACAAAGAAGAAAACCUGAGCGCCAACUGUCCAAUCCUCAGACAUCAAAGCAAGAAAGUAAAGAAAUAACUUUUAAAUUAUUAAGAAAUUAAUAUUUUUUUUAACUGCUUCAAGAUGUGUCUGAUAAAAUGGAAAUGGAGGACAAAUCUAUUUAUUACUGUAAACAUUUUAACAGAGAACCUUUUGAACCUGUCUGUCCAGGUUCAAGGAUUUAUCUGUGUUGGUGGUUGUGGUAGUAUUGUGGUUUGAAACACAUCUGAUAUGCAAAGUACCAACACUGUGUCCUUAAUAUUAGUGAAACAAACCAAUAAAAAAACCUCCCAAAACCUCAUCUGCAAUGUCCAAUCACAACGUCAUGCUUCUUUUUUCCACACAGUGGCGCCAACCUGUGACUAACAGAUGUUUCUCAUACAGAUUAUGACAGUAGGGCUUCUCCGUGUGACAGUUCCAGUAUGACAUAUAAAAUCCUAGCUGUGGUUGGACAAGUCCAGAUGGGAAUGUUCUCCUGUCCAUCCGGUCAUAUGAUCCAGAACAGAUCAGGACUUUAUCCAUUAACGGUUACCAGUUAAAUCAGUGCUUCUUUUAGUUUUUUUCCCCUCGAUUUACCGCUGAAAACGAAUAACUCGUGAUUGCCAUUUUAGUGUGACUCUGUACCUCAUACCUCUGCGAUUUUAUUUGUUAGAUAAUUUAUAACAUGUUCGAUAUGCUUGUUUGUAGCGACACUGCUAUAGGUUUUAGCUCUGUGUAAAAACUAGUUUAAAAAACGUAACUAUUUGAGUUUGGAUGAUUCACAUUCUGUAUGUGGCCUUUUUGUAAUGUGAGUGUGUGUGUGUGAUCAGUGUGUGUGAGUGUAAAUGUACACAAAAGGGUUAGUAGUUUUUAGCCUUUUUGUGAAUUGUACAUUUUAGUGUAUACAAAAAAAAAAGGGCAGAUGAAAGUACAAAAUAGUAGCAUCACACUUGAGGAUGACUUCAGUCGUCAAACAAUAUCUCUGCCCAGAAACAGGACUCUUAUUUUUUUGUUGUUGUUUUUUCCCCAUUAAGACUGAACUUGCUCUCGUUAGGUGUUUUUUUUCCAUCCUGCAGAACAGUACAGUAGUUAAAACCCAUCACUUUCUCAGUGAAUAAUGAUACAAAAUGAACGUUUUUCUCUUUCCAGCAGUGAAGUUUGAAUCUUUGGUACAUAUCUUGGUUAUGGACAUUUCAGAAGGGCCGGGACACUUUGACAUGAGAUGUGAAAUGUAACUUUCUCCUCCCGUCGCAUUGAUUCUAUGGGUUGUUUUCAUUGGAUGCAAUUUAGGUCUUAUUUGUGUCACAAAAUGUUUACCAACCAUUUAAUGAUCUCACACAGACAACAAAAGUUUGUUUAAACACAACAUUUAACAGGAAACAAUAAUGUAAUAUCCAUGAUUUUUUUUUUUUCAAGUUUCAUUAUCAUCCUGUCUCUGUGAGCUGUCACAGCACUUAGCACAACCCAGCCUUGGUUGAACAGUGACUUUUAUACUUGAAUCAUCAUCUUUAGUAAAAAAUAAAUAAAUAAACCAUAGCUGUCAGAUACAGGCUGGUCCACAUGUGCUUCACAAGCUAUGAACAGAGUCAGGAGGAAGUAAAAGAAAAGACAUGGAAAUAUCCAUUUGUAAUUUUCAGUAUUAAUCUCUUUUAAACCCAUAAAUUAAUAUGUAUCCAUGGCUUUAAUUAUGUUAUUGUCUUCUGUACUUAUCUGUGCACUCAGUGAUGUUGUCACGCUUCUGUUAAAUUAGCUUGAAUAUUGUUGAAUAUGUUCUAUGUUCUCUGUCAACUGUAAAUGUCAACUUGCUUGCUCUCUCCUUGCAUGUUCUUAUCUUGCCCCCUCCUCCCCUAAACAUUUGACAUGUCAAUUUUUUUACUUGAUUUUAAAAUGACAAAUUCUUCAUUUUUCUUGUCACGCGUGUCCAUGUUGUAAAUAAAAAAAAAUCUAAACAAAACACUAAUGCUGAAUAAAGCUGAUAUU